AUGGGAGUCAUCUCGAUUAUUGAGAACAUAUCGGAUGUGGAAUAUGUUAUUGCUUGCUUAGAAACGAACUUGUACAAUUUUAUGACGCUAUUGAAGAUAUGCAUAUGCAGAAUAAAAAGCAAUCCGUUGGCCGAAUUUUUACAGGAGAUCAAAAUCGAUCUUACUCCAGAAAAAUACAAAACCGAUGAGGAAAAGAUUGCUUUUUUAAAUUAUAACAAUUUUAGUCUAAAGCUCAUUAAGUUCAGUUUAGCAACAAGCACCAUAUCCAGUACUGUGUAUUUUCUGUCCGUCGUAGCAUCCAACAUCGAAAUGGUCGUUCCAAAUUCAUCCUAUGGAUGCGUAUUUCCGUUCAAAACUCCUCCGCUGAUCGAACCGACAAAUCUGACAAUCUACGUUUUUCUUUGUCUAUAUCAAUUUUUGAUAAUACUAAUUAUAAUCUUCGGUUAUGUCGGAACUGAUUGUCUAUUCAUCAGUUUGGUACUCCACGUCAGUGGUGUUUUCUCUGCACUUUCCUGCAAAGUAAAGCACGUCUUGAACAAUCCGGAAGAUCGUAUACGCCGAAUAAAAAAAAUAAUUUUGGGACACAUACGUCUAUUACGGUUAGCUGAUUCUUUGGAAAGUGAAUUCAACCUACUAAUUUUACAACAAUUAAUGGGAAGUACCCUUCAUCUAUGUCUUCUUGGUUACGACGCGCUCGUUUGUAUAGCGGCAGGAGAGCAAAGAAAGUUAAUCGCUUUUAUCAUAAUUGCAUGUCGUAUUUUAAGCACGCUAUUACUUUAUAGCUACAUCGGAGAGUGUCUUAUUAAUGAAAGUACGUCCUUUGGUGAAUCAUUUUAUCACUGCAAAUGGUAUAACAUAUCGAAAGAGGAGAUUAAAUUAAUGCACAUUUGUAUGUUGCGAUCGUCAAAACAAAUGGAACUGACAGUCGGCAAAUUCUUCGCGUUGUCGUUGACUACAUUCACAGAUGUGAUUCAAACCAUUCGAGAUCGUGGGCGUUUAUCUACUUCACGAAAGAUAAAUCGCGAUCGAUGGUGUAUGGCCAUUGAGAAAAAGUUACGUUCGAUUUCUUUGUUCAUAGACCUUCCAGAAAACUCAAAUGCUUAA